AUGGCGGAGCAGGAGAGCCUGGAGUUCGGCAAGGCGGACUUCGUGCUGCUGGACUCCGUCUCCAUGCCGGACUUCAUGGCCAACCUGAGGCUCAGAUUUGAAAAAGGACGGAUCUAUACUUUCAUCGGGGAAGUGGUGGUUUCUGUAAAUCCUUACAAGAACUUAAACAUCUAUGGGCGUGACAUGAUCGAGCACUACAAAGGUCGGGAGCUGUAUGAGAGGCCCCCUCACCUCUUUGCCAUUGCAGACGCUGCAUAUAAAGCCAUGAAAAGACGGUCAAAGGACACGUGCAUAGUGAUAUCGGGAGAGAGCGGGGCAGGCAAAACUGAAGCGAGUAAAUACAUCAUGCAGUACAUAGCCGCCAUUACCAACCCAAGCCAGAGAGCUGAGGUUGAAAGGGUAAAGAACAUGCUGCUGAAAUCUAACUGCGUCCUGGAGGCCUUUGGCAAUGCCAAAACAAACCGCAAUGACAACUCCAGCCGGUUUGGAAAGUAUAUGGAUAUCAACUUUGAUUUCAAAGGAGACCCAAUAGGCGGGCACAUCAAUAAUUACUUGCUAGAAAAGUCACGGGUGAUUGUGCAGCAGCUGGGAGAGCGAAGCUUUCACUCCUUUUACCAGCUACUCCAAGGAGGUUCUGAGCAGCUUCUGCGGUCUUUACAUCUUCACAAGGAUUUAUCUGCCUAUAGCUAUAUUAGUGCUGGAGCCCAACUGAAGUGUUCCAUCCGUGAUAGCUCUGACUUCAAAGCUGUUGCUGAUGCCAUGAGAGUGAUUGGGUUUGAACCGGAUGAAGUUCAGACGGUGUACAAAAUUCUGGCUGCCAUUCUUCAUUUGGGCAAUUUGAAGUUUUCUGUGGAUGGUGAUGUGCCAGUGAUUGAAAACAGCAAGCUGGUGUCUGUCAUCGCAGAUCUGCUGUCGACCAAAGCUGACAUGGUAGAGAAGGCCCUACUUUUUCGAACGGUUGCUACUGGCCGAGAUGUCAUUGAUAAACAGCAUACUGAGCAAGAAGCUACCUAUGGCAGAAAUGCCUUUGCAAAGGCAAUAUAUGAACGACUCUUCUGCUGGAUUGUAGCACACAUUAAUGAUGUGAUUGAAGUGAAAGAGCACAGCAACACAGUUCAUGGGAAGAACACAGUCAUUGGAGUCCUGGAUAUUUACGGCUUUGAGAUCUUUGACAAUAACAGUUUUGAGCAGUUCUGCAUUAAUUACUGCAAUGAGAAGUUGCAGCAGCUCUUUAUUCAGCUGGUUUUGAAGCAAGAACAGGAAGAGUAUCAGCGCGAGGGGAUUCCUUGGAAGCAUAUUGACUAUUUCAACAACCAGAUCAUUGUUGACCUCGUGGAGCAGCAACAUAAAGGGAUCAUUGCCAAUCUUGAUGAUGCUUGCAUGAAUGUUGGAAAAGUCACCGAUGAGAUGUUCCUGGAGGCACUUAAUAACAAACUGGGGAAACACGCUCACUUCUCCAGUCGGAAGCUCUGUGCUAUGGACAAAAACUUGGAGUUUGACCGAGACUUUAGGAUUAAGCACUACGCUGGAGAUGUUAUCUAUUCAGUCACGGGAUUUAUUGAUAAAAACAAGGACACUUUAUUUCAAGAUUUCAAGCGCCUGAUGUAUAACAGCUCCAACCCUGUGUUGAAAAAGAUGUGGCCAGAAGGCAAACUGAGCAUCACAGAGGUGACCAAGCGGCCGUUGACUGCUGCAACACUGUUCAAGAACUCCAUGAUUGCUUUAGUGGACAACUUGGCCUCUAAGGAACCGUUCUAUGUCCGUUGCAUCAAGCCCAAUGACAAGAAGUCCCCCCAGCUGUUUGAUGAGGAGCGUUGCAGGCACCAGGUGGAAUACCUCGGGCUCCUGGAGAACGUGCGGGUCCGGCGGGCAGGAUUUGCCUAUCGCCAAACAUAUGAGAAGUUCCUUCACAGGUACAAGAUAAUCCCUGAAUUCACAUGGCCAAAUCACAAACUCCCAUCAGACAAGGAAGCUGUGAAGAAACUGAUCGAGCACUGUGGGUUCCAGCAUGACGUGGCUUAUGGAAAGACAAAGAUUUUCAUCCGAACACCUCGGACGCUGUUCACCUUGGAAGAACUGCAUGCCAAGAUGCUCGUGUGGGUGGUUCUCUUCCUACAGAAGGUUUGGAGAGGCACGCUGGCACGCCUGCGGUACAAGAGGACCCGAGCUGCCCUCAAGAUCAUCAAGUGCUAUCGUCGAUACAAAGUGAAAUCUUACAUCCGGGAGGUUGCUCGGCGGUUUCAUAACGUGAAGUCCAUGAAGGGUUACGGCAGGCACGUGAAGUGGCCCAGCCCUCCGAAAGUGCUGUGGAGGUUCGAAGAGGCCUUGCAGUCCAUCUACCACAGAUGGAGGGCGCAUGAACUCAUCAAGAGUAUCCCCCCGAAAGACCUUCCUCAGAUCAGGGCAAAGGUGGCUGCAGUGGAGCUGCUGAAGGGGCACCGAGCUGAUAUUGGGCUCCAGAGAGCCUGGCACGGGGACUACGUGGCAGCAAAUCCAGAUAACCCUCAGGCGGCAGGUGUGUUCGUCCCUGUUGCCAAUGAGCUGAAGCGGAAGGACAAAUUCAUGAAUGUUCUCUUCUCCUCUCAUGUUCGCAAGGUAAACCGCUUCAACAAAGUUGAAGAUCGAGCAAUUUUUAUCACAGACAGGCAUCUUUACAAGAUGGACCCUACAAAGCACUACAAAGUCAUGAAGACCAUCCCGCUGUACAACCUGACAGGAUUGAGUGUCUCCAAUGGAAAGGAUCAGCUUGUCGUCUUCCACACAAAAGACAGCAAAGACCUCAUCGUCUGCCUCCUCAGCACACAUCCAGUCAAUGAGAGCAGGAUUGGGGAGCUGGUUGGAGUUCUGGCAAACCACUUCAAAAGUGAGAAGCGCCGCCUGCAAGUGAGCGUCACCAACCCUGUCCAGUGCAGCGUGCAUGGUCGGAAAUGCACCGUCUCCGUGGAAACCAGAAUCAACCAAUCAGAGCCAGACUUCACCAAGAAUCGUACAGGCUUCAUCCUCUGUGUGCCUGGGAAUUAG